CAGAAGCUCCGAGGCGCGUCCGCUGCUGGAUAAGCCGUCAGUACGCAGCGGGGACCUCGUGGGAACGCACACAGCGGGCACUGGUGUGCGCGCCGAGAUCAAAGAAGCUGAUUUCCGGGCGGAAAACCAAUCGGGCCGAAAAUAGACGAGCGCCCGAACUAGAAGCGAACAAACGCGCCAGUGCGAGGGAGGAGGAGGAGGAGGAAAACAAGAGAGCUCGCGACGAAGGCGCGACGAUGGACGACUGAGCGCGUCCAGAGCACGCGUCCACGCGGGCCCCGCCAGGGAAUACGUACGACGAGCGCUUUGCCGACAACAAGAGCUUCGGUGUUGCGUGCCGAGAGACGAAAAAGACUCGGCAAUAUAAUAAUAUCCUCGGCUGCGGCGAGAAAACACAGAAGCGCCGCGGCUUACUCAUCGAGCUUACAAAUGGGCCGCGGACCGAGCUACGGCUCGGAGACCACCGAGUUCGUCACCAAGCGCAUGUGCUUCGUUUCCGUCAUGUCCAUCAGCUUCCUGUGCUUGCUCACCGGAUUCAUUGUCGGCCGAUUCGUGUCCGAUCAGGUAAUCAGUAUGCGCGACGCCCGCAUGCUGCGAGUCCUGGACGCCAAUGGACUGGCCAAAACGUUGCAACUGAGGGACGAAUUAUUGAAGUUACUCAACCAAUCUUCUUUCCACGACAAUCCUCAAAUGAUUCCAGAGUUGCAACAUCUGAAAAAGCUCGAGGUGAAUCGAACGGAGGAUCUGUUCAAGGAUUUGAGCCUUUUCAAGUUGAAUGUCGAAGAAACUUCGGACUGCACGAUCGCGACGAUUUGUGGCGUAGAAGAGCCAGAUAGAUACAUCGUUCUAUCGGCGAGUUAUCAUGGCUACGACGUCGCUUACAAAGUGGCCAAAUCCUUCGAUCACUUGUAUAGAGAUCACGAGAAGCUUUGGCAGCCAAAGAGGACCAUAAUUUUUUGCGUGUUUAUUGGCAAAGAAGACAGUUGCAAAGACAUGAUUCUUGAGCGUAUUAAGCCGAAAAUCGUUGCUUACAUAGCUAUUCAUGGAACAGCAGCGCUAGGUAAAGACAUUGCUGUAUCUGGAUCUGGCAUGGUGCAAGCUACGAUGCUGGAUGCAGUGGACGAGGUGAGAUCGUUCAACGGUGAUGAAUUAACUGUCGCAGACUCGCCGAUAGCCUUACAAAAGCUCAAUAUCGACGUACCUCACGUCGUUUUAUCUUUCAUUGGCGAAAAUCGCUCCAAUCAAAAUAGUUCUGAAAAUCAGAAAACUUUAGCUCAAAUUGCCGGAAUAACAAUAUUUCGAUUAUCAGAAGGAAUAUUUUUCAGAUGGAAUCCAAAAUACUUUGGUGAUAUUAUGAAUAAAACUGUAAAAAAUAUGAUAGUGAAACCAAGCAUUCAAGGAUCCGUUGAUAAUUUCACUGAGACCAUCAAUAAUUUAAUAAGGGAUAUAAAAAAAUUCAAUUUGAUAUUAGAUAAAACCAACAUGUUAAAAUUAUUAGAUGUACGAAUGAUGAAUGAUAAAUUGAUGGAUCUAGAUCGAGCUAUGCUCUGCCACUCAUCUCCAAAAGUAGACUUUGAAAUUUUCAGUCAGCAAUCUUCAAUUAAUGAGCAUUUUAUCAUGAACGAAUCAAACAAAAUUAAAAAAUGUUAUGAAACAGCUAAUAGGAUUAUUCUUGAUCAAGCACAGUGUAGGCAAAUAACAAAGGAUCAGUCUGAUCUUUCAAACCAUAAUUGAAUC